UCGGUGAGCUUUUCGCGCCGACGAGAGAGAGAGAGAGAGAGAGAGAGAGAGGCUUCCGGCGAGUAGCAAUGGGGAAACCCUUCGCCGUCUCCGGUAAGCGUUCGCCACGCUCACCAACCGCCGGUGGUGCCGGCUCCUCUUGGAAGACGACUGGACGGUGCCUGACAUUCCUCCUUCUCCUCGCUGCUGUCGCUUUUCCCACUGUCGUGCUCUACCGCGCUGUCGAUCACCGCCAUUAUUCCUACCGGAGCUUGCGAUCGGAUCUCAACGCUUCUGCGUUGCUUUCUGACUCCGAUUGGCUUUCAGAAGCUGCUGCUCAGGAUACUGUAGAACUUAGAUUGGAUAAAAUUCUGCAGGAGGCAUCCAUGGAAGACAAAACAGUAAUAUUGACUACGUUGAAUUCUGCAUGGGCUAGAUCAGGUUCGGUUGUUGAUCUUUUCAUUGAGAGCUUUCGAAUUGGAAUUGGUACCCGGGUGCUACUCAACCACCUGGUAAUCAUUACUUUGGAUCCAAAGGCGUAUGAACGGUGCUUGUUAUUACAUACCCAUUGCUUUCCUCUUGCAACAGAGGGAAUAGAUUUCUCAGGGGAGGAGUAUUUUAUGUCCAAUGGAUACUUGGAGAUGAUGUGGAGAAGGAUAGACUUCUUGCGAACUAUUCUUGAAAUGGGAUACAGCUUCAUUUUUACGGAUGUAGAUAUAAUGUGGUUCAGGAAUCCACUUCCAAAUUUUUAUUCAGAUGUAGACUUUCAGACAGCCUGUGAUCACUUUUUCGGCAAUUCAACUGAUUUAGGAAAUAGAGCAAAUGGAGGGUUCAACUAUGUCAAGUCUAACAAUCGAUCGAUAGAGUUCUAUAAAUAUUGGUACUCUUCAAGGGAGAGAUUUCCGGGGCACCAUGAUCAGGAUGUAUUCAAUACCAUCAAAUAUGAUCCUUUCGUUACUGAAAUAGGAUUGACAAUGAGAUUUUUGAGUACCACAUUUUUCGGCGGGCUGUGUGAGCCUAGCAGAGAUUUGAAUAAAGUUUGCACAAUGCAUGCAAAUUGCUGUAUUGGAUUGGAAAGCAAGCUUCAUGAUCUUAGAAUUAUGCUAGACAAUUGGAGGGAAUUUAUGUCUCUGCCACAUAACAUGAAAAACUCUGGUAUUGUUUCAUGGAGGGUGCCGCAAAAUUGCAGCAUUGCUGCACUCUUCAGAACCCCAUCAUUUUGAUUGUUUCUCUGGAGAAGAGGGAUUCCUGAUAUCUGCAAUCAGAUUUUAUCAUCCAGCUUAUAAAAUGUCAAAUACUUACUCAAAGAUACACAAUCAUCAAUUUUUGUGCACAUCUGAACAACAACAUUCAUCUGAGAAAACCAGAACAGAGGACUGAACAAAAAAAGUGUAUAUAAGCAAGGAUAAAGCACAUUUAGUACAGAAGCAACCAGAUUACUCUCAUAAAAAAUAACCACUGCUUGUCCUUUGGAUCGGUUUGAUUGCUUGCUCUUCUUGCUCUUGCUUUUCUGACAAUUCCAAUCUUCCUUCAAUACAUAUUAUAUCCAGAGAUAAAAGUCUAGGUUUAUCAACCUGAAUUGAAGUUUCAACUCUUAAGCUCUUAUCUGAAAGUAUACACCAUGGAAACAUGCCUCGCAAAAGAACAUCUUCACAAUCUGCACAACUGAAGCUGAAGUUAAAUACUCACCUCCAAAAGAACCAGCAUUGUGGUACAUUUCCUUUUGUUUUUUCUUCUGUUUGCUGUACUUGUUCUGCAAUCUAUUUCAUUAAUCUCUUCUAUCGUUCUUCCAAGUAGAUAGUUAUUAAAGAAAUGAAUAGCAAAAUGGUUUUUAUAUUACACUAAUUAACAAAGAUAUAUUUGCAUGCAAAAAAAUACUUAGCUCUUGCCUUUUGUACCUUUAACAGAGCCUACCUUAAAAUGAAGACAGUACUGAAUCAGUGUUGAUGAGAAUAGCAGUAAGAGUGGAAGAGGCAAACACAGGAUUGCGUUGUGGCUCAAACUAAACCUUCUUAUAUAUAUAUAUAUAUUUUUUUUUUUUUGGGUAAGCUAGUUUGCAUCCACAUGACUCUCCUCUGCAUGCCC